UGGCGUACAUAACCUUUUUUAUAAGGAGAUCCCAGGUCGACUUGUCCUUCCCUUGUUUUUUUAAUGUAGCACAUAAUUUUUAUUUCUUUUUCUCUUCUUUUCCCUCAUCUCAUUAUGGUUGAGCCUACAAAGGACAAUACGGACGGAUUUGCUAAUAAAGACACUCAAGGCAGUCAAACAAAAAGCGCUGAUGUUAAGGACACAGGUGCCAAAGAUACUGGCGUAAAUGGUGCAGCUGUUGAUAACCCUUCGAGCAGUAAAGACGCAUCUGAUCCUUUCGCAAACGCCGAUCCUCCCAAUACGACUAGUCCCAAGACAAGUGCUGCUCCAGAACCGACGACCCAACCAAAGCCAGCACCUACGACCACACAGCCGAAACCAGAACCGACGACGACGACUGCUGCUCAACCAAAGCCAACUACAACCACUCAGCAGAAGCCUGAUCCUACUACCACCAAGGCUGCUGCUACUACUACUGCAGCUCCAGUAGCACCAUCUAUUGCCAACACGCCAUCUGUCAAUGCUGCUUCAUCCGUCAUUGUGCCCAAGCUUUCUACCUCGUCCACGACUACGGCCAUAACAGAAGCAAUAACUUCCAUGAUGUCAAACACCGCCAUACCAAGCAUCUCAUCCACUCAAAGCAUUCUACCCAGUGCAACAUCUUCUGUUGCACCUGCCGGAGACAACCCCAACAACACCGCACUCAUUGGCGGCAUUGUUGGUGCCAUUGCUGGUGUCGCGGCCAUUGGUGCCUUUGCUUUAUUGAUGAUUCGUCGUAGCAGACACAAGGCUAAAAGUACGCGGGCAAGCAGGACUAUGGACGAGAUUUUCACGCCUAAUGGCACAACAGGCGACGGAACAAAGAAUUAUGAUACAUAUCAAGGAGGCGCCGCUCAUCCAUCUGAACAAGGCUUUACAGUAGGUAAUCUUCACGAUUACGCUGCUGCUGCUUCACCUACUGUGACCUACGCUGGUGCCUAUCAAGAGCCUGGAAACCAAUAUUAUAAUGCUGUACCUCAUGAGCACUAUCAAGAUGCUGGAUAUGCUCAUGAUGCAGCCUAUGCUCAUGGCCAACCUACUAACUUUGCUCCCGGUGCUGCUGUUGUUGCUGGUGCUGCUACUGCUGCUACAUAUCCUGUUACUCAGCAAGAAGAGAUGUACUACGAAUCCAAGCCAAACGAACAUGAUGCCUAUCAACAUGACCCUAAUCAACAGCAAGAUAAAGUUUAUCAUGGUCCUGAUCAACAUUUGUAUCAUGACAACGACCAACAAGUGUAUCAAGAUCCCAACACACAGAUGUACCAUGAUCCCAACGCACAAAUGUACGUCGAUCCACAUCAACAAGGUUACUAUGAUCCCAACCAGCAGGCCUAUCCCGAUCCUCAUCAGCAAAUGUACCAUGAUCCUCAUCAACAAGCCUAUCACGAUCCAAAUCAACAAAUGUACCAUGAUCCCAACUAUCAGUAUCAAGAACAAUAUCAUAGUCCAAACAUGUCAUAUCAACAAGCUCAGCCAUCACACAACAGCCCUACUGUCGGCAACUACCAUCUAGAACAACCUCUUACAUCACCGCAACCACAACAACAACAGCAAACAUAUCGUCUCUCAGUAGAUCUGGGACAUAACCAACAAACCCCUUCUGGCACAUUCAUCGAGACUCAUCCAGGAAAGCCUGGUCAUUAAAAACUUGUGUUUCUCUUGUAUAGCAUGUUUUGUUAUUGUAGUAAUAAAUACAACCUCAUUUUAAUAGUUACAACAUGUUUCCAUUUUAAUAGAUGUUUAUUACAUGAUAUAAGUCAAAAAUAGUAUUAGUAAAUGAAUUGCUUGGCAUAUAUCUAAUGAUCAUCCUUAUCUGGACGGGUAACAAUGAAACUUGUAGCUGUUUUAUUCAUUACCUCCAAAAAACGAGGCGUACAGGCACCAGGAUUUAUAUCAAAGGUCGUUUCGGGAUCACAGUAGCAUUUACUUUGAAGUAACCAUUUAUCUUCUGUAGGACAAUGUUCAAAAAAAUCGUGCUUGUAGCCAAUGUCAUAAAACCAAUGAACAUCAGAUCUUUUCAGCAUCAACGCCACAGCAAUGGAAUGAACAGGCGCAUCUCCCCAU